AGGCAGGCGGGCAAGCGGGCAGGAGCCGGGCGAGGGUCCCCCGCGGGCCCGGCGGCGGGGGCAGCGGACAGGCAUGGCGCCGGGACCCGGGCCGGAGCCCAUGCCGGGCUACGCGCAGCUGCUGCAGCGGAGCUACCGGAGCCUGGUGGACGCGGCGCGGGGCUGUGCGGACUGUGGCUGGGAGCGGAGCCGCCGGAGCUGGGCCCAGCACGCGCACCUGGCCGCCGCCGAGCUGCUGCUGCUGCUGCUGGCCGGCCUCGCCUGGACCGCGCUGCGCAAAGCCGCCGUGGCUGGCCUCUUUCGGCCGCUGGCCAGAUGGUGCCAACUGCAACCCAGGGAUGCUGCCAAGAUGCCCGAGAGUGCCUGGAAAUUCCUUUUCUACUCCACAGCCUGGGGUUAUAGCGCUUAUCUGCUAUUUGGCACCAACUACCCCUUCUUCCACGACCCACCUUCUGUCUUCUAUGACUGGAAGCCGGGCAUGGAGGUGCCCAGGGACAUUGCUGUGGCCUACCUGCUGCAGGGCAGCUUCUACGGGCAUUCCAUCUAUGCUACCCUCUACAUGGACGCCUGGAGAAAGGACUCAGUCGUAAUGCUGUUGCAUCAUGUUGUCACUCUCAUUCUGAUCAUCUUCUCCUAUGCCUUCAGGUACCACAACGUGGGAAUCCUUGUUCUCUUCCUCCAUGACAUCAAUGACGUCCAGCUGGAAUUCACUAAGCUCAACGUCUACUUCAGGUUCCGAGGGGGCGUCUAUCACCGGCUCAACGACCUCAUCUCGGAUGUGGGCUGUGUCAGCUUCAGCGUUAGCUGGUUCUGGUUCCGACUCUAUUGGUUCCCCCUCAAAGUGCUGUACGCCACGUGUCACUGCAGCCUGCUCUCCGUCCCUGACAUCCCCUUCUACUUCUUCUUCAAUGCCCUGCUGCUCACCCUCUUGCUCAUGAAUAUCUACUGGUUUCUGUACAUAAUGGUGUUCGCUGCCAGAGUGCUGACGGGCCAGGUCCGGGAGGUGAGCGAUGUGCGGGAGUAUGAUGAGGCCUGCGAGGGCCCCCGGACUCUCCCCUCUGGGAAAGAGGGCCACCUCCCGCCCCCCAAGCCCUGGAAAGAAGAGAAGCCUUUGAGGAAUGGGCUGGUGAAAGACAAGCGCUUCUGAGGGGCUGUAGACCCCUGGGGACCCCCCUCUCCCUCCAGUUCCCAUCUAGUGCCCCUCCCCCCAUCUGGCCCCUCCCCACUCCAAACCCCCAGAGCCUACUGCCAGCCCUGUCCUCCCCAUCUUGUCCCCAGGCACUUUGGGGAUGUGGACUCUACUUUGGGGACUGGACCAAUUGAAGGGAAGGGGAGAUUCUUACCCCCACCCCACCUUAACCCCACCUCUGGGAAUUCAUGAGGCAGCAUGUGCUGGCGGCUUUGAGGGCAGGAAGGUCCCCUGGAGUGUGGAACUGGGAGCAAAGAGAUGGUAAUCUUUUCCUCAACCCUCCCCCCUCCACCUCUGUGAGCUAACCUGCCCCCCUUCCUUCUGGGCAGGAAAGGGUUAAGGGGAGAGGCGCUCUCACACCUCCCUGCCCAAUGGUGAACCAAGCCCCUCCUGCCUUCACCCCGGGGUGUCAACGGCCCCCAGGGAUGCCCCUGGCUAUAAGGCAGCUCGAGCUGGAGCUUGGACAGCAGCAGACCUCCGUCCUGUGGCUGUGGCGUCGAAGAUGAUGCGGUGUCUGCAGCUUCUUUCCCCUCUGCCCUGGCUCCUGCUCCUUCCUCUUCUGCCCCUGCCCCAACCUGGUCUGACCCAGCCCCAGCCCGGGACCCUCUCACCCCAAGCCAGUGCCCUGCUCCAGACCCUGGGGCUGAGUCCGCCCCCAGGGCCUCCUCCCACCCGUCCUGUCCCCUCAGUCAUGUGGCGGCUCUUCCGAAGGGGUCCAGAGGCCACAGAGACCCAAGGGUCUGAGAACGAAGGGCCAGAAAUGCCCCAGGAGCCCCAGCCCCUGCCCUGCCACGUGGAGGAGCUGGGCGUCCCCGGGAACAUCGUGCGGCACGUCCUCGAUGGCGGUGCCUCUGCCCCACCAGAGCCAGCCUUGGGCUCCCUAUGCCUGGAGAAGCCCCUUUUCUUCAAUCUUUCGUUCCUAAACCCUAAGGAGCAGCUGACACUAGUCCGCCUGGAGUUGAACUUUGGUGCCCCUGCAGACCUUGCCCCUGCCCAGGACUGGGAGCUAAGCCUGUCCCAUGCCCAGGGCCCCCAGCUGUGGGGUCGGCCCCUGCACUGGCACCACCGAGAAGUCCUGCUGAGCCAGACAGUGCCCACGUUGCAUGAUCCCCUCCAUUUUGACAUGCUGGCCUUGGGCCGGUUGGGAAAUUCCACCUUCCCCCAGAACCUGAGUCUGGUAUUGGAGCUGUUGCCUGGUAGAGACAGUGACCUGCCUAAAGGCUUGUGUACCAAACUGGGACAUUCUCUAGAGGCGUCCCUGCUGGUGGUCACCCUUGACCCACAGCUAUGCCAGCCCACCUCCAGGAAGCGCCGGGCAACCUACUUGGGCCCUCUGGACAGCCCCGACCCUCCUUGUAGGGCUCGACAACUCUACAUCAACUUCCGGGAAGUGGGUUGGCACAACUGGAUCAUUGCCCCCCGAGGCUUCAUGGCCAACUACUGUCAAGGGCACUGCUUUUUCCCCACUGCCACCAAGAUCUCCAGUUUGAACCACGCUGUCAUGCAGUCCCUGAUGCACUCUGUGGCUCCAGCCACAACACCCCCACCCUGCUGCGUCCCAGUGAAGCUCUCGCCCAUCUCUGUGCUCUUCUAUGACAACAGUGACAAUGUGGUUCUUCGGCAUUAUGAGGACAUGGUGGUUGAUGAGUGUGGGUGCCGAUGAUGGGGGAGCCUGGGCCCCCAAGGGCAAGGAAGAGCACCUGGAGUUGGUCCCUUCCUGCCAGAGGGGAGAGGGGAUCUGGUGUGUGUGGGCCUUCCCCCUUUGUGUAUCCUUACAACCUGACUAAUAAAACUGCUGGGUUUGUUUUGGU